UGACAUUUAACCAUAAGUUAGAUGACCAUACAGAAACUACAGUUUAUCCGGUAGUUGUACCUUAAACAUGCACAAUCUGCUUAACAAGACUUUUGUGUCCUAAAUCUUUACUGUCCGAUCAUUACAAAUCAUCCUCAACCACCACCACCACCGUUACCUCCGGCGUUACUUGUAACCGAUAACCAUCUUAAUAAUGUCUACCACUCUGCUUCCUUUUAGAACUCACCACUUGUCUCACUCUCUUCAUCCCCUCUUCAGUAAACGCUCCUCCAUUAUACCGUUAACAUUUAGAGGUCCAAAAUUAUUAUUAUUGCAUAGGAAUGGAGUUUUGGCACGUGCUGAAGAUAAGGCACGUGCUGGAGGAGGAAUUCAGUCUUCAAUUCAACAACCACCCAAACCCAAUUUGGAUAACCAGUUUCAGGAUUUGACAUCAUCAGGAGCUUGUGAUCCUUUAUGCUCAGUGGAUGAAACACGUUCAGAAGAAUAUGAAACUAACUACCAGCCAAAAACUGAUUUACUGAAAGCUCUGGCAAUAUUUGGAGCAGCUGUCACAGGAACAGUUGCAAUUAAUCAUUCAUGGGUGGCUGCAAACCAGGAUCUUGCAAUGGCAUUGUUGUUUGGAAUAGGGUAUGCUGGCAUAAUUUUCGAAGAGUCACUUGCGUUUAAUAAAAGUGGAGUAGGUUUACUGAUGGCGGUUAGCUUGUGGGUUAUUCGGAGCAUUGGAGCCUCCUCGACCGACGUAGCUGUCGCAGAGUUAACGCACGCAUCAGCUGAAGUUAGUGAAAUAGUAUUCUUCUUGCUUGGUGCAAUGACAAUAGUGGAGAUAGUUGAUGCUCAUCAAGGAUUUAAGCUUGUGACCGACAAUAUAACCACUCGCAAACCACGCACUCUCCUUUGGGUGAUUGGUUUUGUGACUUUUGCUCUAAGCUCGGUUCUUGACAACCUCACAUCUACGAUAGUCAUGGUUUCCUUAUUGAGGAAACUCGUACCUCCAUCAGAAUACAGAAAGUUACUUGGUGCGGUGGUUGUAAUAGCAGCAAAUGCAGGUGGAGCAUGGACUCCUAUCGGUGAUGUAACAACUACAAUGCUUUGGAUACAUGGCCAAAUAUCUACAUUGCCGACAAUGACGGGCCUAUUUGUGCCUAGUGCAGUUUCUCUUGCAGUGCCUUUGGCCCUCAUGUCCUUCUCAAGAGAAGUGGAUGGCAAGGGACAGAACACAGAUGAUGUUUUGGCUUCUGAACAAAUGGCGCCACGUGGGCAGCUUGUUUUUGCAGUGGGAAUCGGGGCAUUAGUGUUUGUUCCAGUUUUCAAAUCUUUAACGGGCUUGCCUCCUUAUUUGGGUAUGUUAUUCGGGCUCGGGGUUCUGUGGAUCCUAACUGAUGCUAUCCACUAUGGGGAAUCAGACAGACAACGGUUAAAAGUACCACAAGCUUUAUCCCGUAUAGAUACUCAAGGAGCUCUUUUCUUCCUUGGGAUCCUUUUAUCUGUCAGUAGCUUAGAGGCAGCUGGGCUUCUUAAAGAACUAGCAACUUACCUUGAUGCCCAUAUUGCCAGUAGUGAGCUGAUUGCGAGUGCAAUAGGGGUAGUUUCGGCAAUUAUAGAUAACGUUCCGUUGGUGGCUGCAACCAUGGGGAUGUAUGAUCUUUCAACUUAUCCCCAAGACUCCCAAUUCUGGCAGUUGAUUGCAUUUUGUGCUGGCACUGGUGGGUCCAUGCUUAUUAUUGGAUCUGCUGCUGGUGUUGCUUUAAUGGGAAUGGAAAAAAUCGACUUUUUUUGGUAUUUGAAAAAGGUAAGUGGCUUUGCUUUUGCUGGUUAUGCUGCAGGGGUUGCAGCAUAUUUAGCAACUCAGAACCUGCAUUUCUCUCCUACAACUAUAGCUAAUCUUCCGUUUAUCUCGGGUUCAUGAACCAUUAUGAUGCGGGUUCAAACUAUGAUGGCUAGUGCUUGGUUCUAAUGAGCAUUUGAGAUUAUGUAAACAUGGUGUGGGAAUAAAUAUCAAAAUAGAACCUACCACCACUUGGAAUCAACUGCUAAAAAAUUGUUAAUAGAACUUGAGGUCUUGUUGAAAUUUUGCAGAAAUGCAAUUUUGUUCAUAACAGUUAAGGGAGAUUAUGAAGCCUAGAUAGAUGGGUGUGUAUGAGCAGAA